CUCUGGUCAUCUCCUGCACUGUGUCCGCAGUCUCUGGUCAUCUCCUGCACUGUGUCCGCAGUCUCUGGUCAUCUCCUGCACUGUGUCCGCAGUCUCUGGUCAUCUCCUGCACUGUGUCCGCAGUCUCUGGUCAUCUCCUGCACUGUGUCCGCAGUCUCUGGUCAUCUCCUGCACUGUGUCCGCAGUCUCUGGUCAUCUCCUGCACUGUGUCCGCAGUCUCUGGUCAUCUCCUGCACUGUGUCCGCAGUCUCUGGUCAUCUCCUGCACUGUGUCCGCAGUCUCUGGUCAUCUCCUGCACUGUGUCCGCAGUCUCUGGUCAUCUCCUGUACUGUGUCUGCAGUCCAUUGGUUCAGAAUAUUUUUUUGUCUUGUUUUUCGCCUGUAA